UUCCGGUUGUCUCUCCAACUCUCCUUUCCAGCGGAGCGGCUGCUGAGAGCACAUCAUCAGCAACUAAACCAGAGGGUUAAAACACACACAAAGAUGCCCCCAAAGAAGACAGAAGCCCCCAAACAGCCUCCAUUAAUCGGACGGUUUGGGACCUCUCUGAAGAUUGGAAUUGUUGGAUUACCUAAUGUUGGGAAAUCCACCUUUUUCAACGUGCUGACUAAAAGCCAGGCUGCUGCAGAGAACUUCCCCUUCUGCACGAUCGAUCCCAAUGAAAGCAGAGUUCCUGUUCCUGACGACCGCUUUGAUUUCCUUUGCCAAUACCACAAACCAGCCAGUAAGGUUCCAGCUUUUCUAAAUGUGGUGGACAUUGCUGGUCUGGUGAAAGGAGCUCACGCUGGACAGGGACUAGGAAACGCCUUUCUCUCCCACAUCAGUGCCUGUGACGCCAUCUUCCACAUGACCCGUGCGUUUGACGAUGAGGACAUCAUCCAUGUGGAGGGUAACGUCGACCCGGUGAGGGACAUCGAGAUCAUCCACGAGGAGCUGCGACUAAAAGACGAGGAGAUGAUCGCUCCGGUUAUCGACAAACUGGAGAAAACUGCCGUCAGAGGAAGUGACAAAAAGCUCAAACCUGAAUAUGACAUCAUGCUGAAGGUAAAGAACUGGAUCGUGGAGGAGAAGAAACACAUCCGGUUUUGCCACGACUGGAAUGACAAAGAGAUCGAGGUGUUGAACAAAUACCUGUUUCUGACAUCCAAGCCCAUGAUCUACCUGGUCAACCUGUCGGAGAAGGAUUACAUCAGAAAAAAGAACAAGUGGUUGGCGAAGAUCAAGGAGUGGGUAGACGCUCAUGACCCCGGUGCUGUGGUCAUCCCUGUGAGUGGAGCUAUUGAGUCUAAACUGCUGGACAUGGAGGAGGAGGAGAGGAUAAAAUACCUGGAGGAAGUGAAGACACAGAGUGUUCUGACCAAAAUAAUAAAGACGGGCUACGCAGCUCUGCAGCUGGAGUACUUCUUCACAGCGGGACCAGAUGAGGUGCGAGCGUGGACCGUCAGGAAAGGGACCAAGGCUCCGGGAGCUGCAGGGAAGAUCCACACUGACUUUGAGAAAGGCUUCAUCAUGGCCGAGGUGAUGAAGUACGUGGACUUCAAAGAGGAGGGCAGCGAGAGUGCAGCCAAGGCUGCUGGAAAAUACAGACAACAGGGCCGGAACUACGUGGUGGAGGACGGAGACAUUAUCUUUUUCAAAUUCAACACACCCAACGCACCGAAGAAGAAACCAUGAGAAGCCCACAGGCAGAGAAA